AUUAGCCCCAGCGGUGAACCUUCUUCUUGUCCUCAUUUCCUGCUCCUGCGCCCCUUGCUAUUCCUUCACACUCAAGCAACAUGGGCCGUUGGGGGACUUUUUUCAACUCGGUUGCCGAUACAGGCAGGGCGCGACACCACGUCGAGGUGGAACGUCGUCGACUGCUGCCCGCCUACGCUGCCGAUGAGUCGCAGCCAUCUGGCACUUCAAGGGAGAUUGCAAAGGUUGCACUCCGAUUGAAAUACCAAAUUGAACAAGUGGUCUCGUUCGAGGUCGAGCACGGUGUCUUGACCGACCCAAACAGUCGUGUCAUCACCGACGAUGUGGUUGCGACUGCCAAGAAAGCCGGUGGUGAUGACUACAAGGCCUGUGUGGUUUAUUGCCUUCUAGUUUGUGUGCGAUGGUUCAAGAUUCAAUCUACAAUUGAGCUGUGGGAUUCCGAUCUGCACGAGGUUCGAGCUGUGGCUUGCGAGGUCAUUGCCAAGCGCAUUAUCGAGUCCGAGCAGAAUCAGGAUUACUUGCUCAGAGACAUUCUGCUCAAACGAUACUCUAUUUUCAGUGAGGGGAUGGAGACUGAUCCCGCCAAUGUCAUUGAACGAUCGGUGGAUCUCCACGCCUUAAGGAUUAUCAGCUCUUCUGGCUACCAGAAGUGUAUUCAGUAUCUGUGGAGGGGCUGGAUCUGUCAGGAAGAGGGUAAUCCAACUAACUUUGUCGAUUAUCAGGGGAAGUCCAACACCAGCUAUUGGGCGCAUUUCCACCCUGAUCGCAUGAGGACUCCUCUGUACCAGAAUGUCUGCCAGAUCUUAUUCUCAUUGAUUUACCUUGCAGUUUACACUGCAGUGAUUAACACUGUGAACCCAACCGGUGAUCUAGAUAUUGCAGAAGGCAUCCUCUACGGUAUGACUCUCGCAUUCGUCUGUGACGAGGUUAUCAAGUUCUGGAAAGUUGGAUGGAAUUACCUCGAGUUUUGGAAUGCCUUCAACUCAACCCUCUACACGAUUCUUGUGGUUUCGUUUGUUCUACGAUUUGUGGCAUUGGCACAUUCGCUAUCCACCCAGGAUGAACAACGGCAGCUGUACAACCAGCUCAGCUAUAACUUCUUGGCUUUUGCGGGACCUAUGUUCUGGAUGCGCAUGAUGCUUUACCUCGAUUCUUUCCGCUUUUUCGGUGCCAUGUUUGUGGUUCUGCGGGUCAUGAUGAAGGAGAGUUUGAUCUUCUUUGCUUUGCUGUUCGUGGUUAUGGCUGGUUUCUUCCAGGCAUUUAUUGGCAUGGCUCAAGUUGAUGCCGAUGUUCCCAUCCAUCAGAACAUUCUCCAGGGAAUGGUAAAUAGUAUCAUGCAAAGUCCUGAGUUCGACACUUUCCAGGAGUUUGCAUUCCCUUUUGGCAUCAUCCUUUACUACGUGUUUAACUUCAUUGUCAUGACUAUUCUGUUGAAUAUCCUCAUCGCCUUGUACAACAGCGCAUAUGAAGACAUUUCCGGCAAUGCAACUGAUGAGUACAUGGCGAUCUUCGCGCAGAAGACAAUGCAAUUUGUCCGCGCCCCAGACGAGAAUGUCUUCAUACCACCAUUCAACCUCAUCGAGAUUUUAUGUCUGGUGGCUCCAUUUGAAUGGUGGAUGUCGAAGGAAUCAUACGCCAAGCUGAACGACGUUGUUAUGGGCGUAAUUUAUUCGCCUCUGCUCAUCGUUACGGCCUGGGUGGAAACCCAUCAGGCCCAUCGAAUUCGGCAUAAUCGCCGCCGCGGUGAAGAGGAUGAUGGCUGCGCCCAGGAAUGGGAGCAUGUGGCUGAGGGUAUAGACUUUGACCUUGAUGAUACUUGGAAACAGCAAGUAGUUGAAUCGACUCCCGAUAUCAAGGUUGAUAGUUGCACGCAUGAGAUCAGGGAACUGAAGAAGCAGGUCGAGGCUUUGACGGAGAUGGUUAAGGAAUUGACUCGGGGUAAUAUUGCCAAAAUGGCAAAGCUCGUAGACGACCCUCAGAUCCAAUAUGCCUCGUUGCAUAACCCGCUUCCUUGGCAAUUGCACCUAUACGUCUGGCCAUUCCUGAUUACUUGGCCCGUCUUCUUCGCAUUCUACCUCUCCCCCGAGCGUUAUGACACCUACAUUCAGGGACAGGAAUGGACCUUCGUCUGGGCGGGGUCUAUCAUCACGAUCCAGUCGCUCACCUGGUUGAUGACCAAGUGGAACAUCGACAUCAACACUCUCUUCACUACUACCCGCGCCAAAUCUGUCGACUCUGCCCGGCUUAUUAAGGUGGUCCCCAUCACUAAUGCCGGUUCCGCCGAGAUCUGCACCUUGAUCAACGAGAACGCUGGCCCUAAGAAGACCCUCUCGUUCCUCUUCCAGAAGCGCCGUUUCCUGUUCUACCCCGAGACUCGCACCUUCGCCCCGCUCUCUUACGUCCUCGAUGCCGAACCGAAGCCGGCUCUGAAGACUUUCCAGCUGACCGAGGGUUUCACGUCGAAGGCCGAAAUUGACCGCAUCCAACACCACUAUGGCGAUAACACCUUUGAUAUUCCUGUUCCCGGAUUCCUCGAGCUCUUCCAGGAGCACGCCGUUGCGCCUUUCUUCGUCUUCCAGAUCUUCUGUGUUGGAUUGUGGAUGCUCGAUGAAUACUGGUACUACUCGCUCUUCACGCUGUUCAUGCUCGUUGCUUUCGAGAGCACCGUUGUGUGGCAGCGCCAGAGGACCUUGAACGAGUUCCGUGGAAUGAGCAUCAAGCCUUAUGAUGUCUGGGUGUACCGCGAGCGCAAGUGGCAGGAAAUCACCAGCGACAAGCUCCUCCCCGGCGAUCUCAUGUCUGUCAACCGUACCAAGGAGGACAGUGGUGUUGCUUGUGAUAUUCUCCUGAUUGAAGGCAGUGUCAUUGUCAACGAGGCCAUGCUUUCUGGUGAGAGUACUCCCCUUCUUAAGGAAUCCGUCCAGCUCCGCCCCGGCGAUGACUUGAUUGAACCGGAUGGAUUGGAUAAGCUGUCAUUUGUGCACGGUGGUACCAAGGUUCUCCAGGUUACCCACCCCAACACCGGCAACGAUUCGUCCCAGAAGAACCUGGCUAGCAACAUUACCAUGCCCCCGGACAAUGGCGCCUUGGGUGUGGUUGUCAAGACCGGUUUCGAGACUAGCCAGGGUAGCCUGGUUCGCACCAUGAUCUACUCGACUGAGCGUGUCUCCGCCAACAACGCUGAGGCUCUCUUGUUCAUUCUCUUCCUUCUUAUCUUCGCGAUUGCCGCUUCUUGGUACGUGUGGCAGGAGGGUGUUAUCCGGGACCGCAAGCGCUCCAAGCUUCUUCUGGACUGUGUCCUCAUUAUCACGAGUGUUGUUCCUCCCGAACUGCCUAUGGAACUGAGCCUCGCUGUCAACACCAGUCUUGCUGCUUUGAGCAAGUUCGCUAUUUUCUGCACUGAGCCCUUCCGUAUUCCCUUCGCUGGACGUGUUGAUGUGGCUUGCUUCGAUAAGACCGGUACUCUCACUGGAGAAGACCUUGUUGUUGAUGGUAUUGCUGGACUCACUUUGGGUGAGGCUGGUUCUAAGGUCGAAGCUGAUGGUGCUCACACCGAAUUGGCCCAGGCCUCUGCUGCUGGAGCUGAGACCACUCUUAUUCUAGCCAGUGCUCACGCAUUGGUGAAGUUGGACGAGGGUGACGUUGUUGGUGAUCCCAUGGAGAAGGCUACUUUGGAAUGGCUCCGCUGGACUCUUGGAAAGAACGACACCCUUUCUUCCAAGGGUAACGCCCCGGUGAUCGCUGGGCGCAACGUCGAGUCUGUCCAGAUCAAGAGAAGAUUCCAGUUCUCCUCGGCCCUCAAGCGCCAGAGCACUAUCGCAACCGUCACCAGCAACGACCGCAAGACCUCCAAGAAGACCAAAUCCACUUUUGUUGGUGUCAAGGGCGCCCCAGAGACUAUCGGAAACAUGUUGGUCAACACACCUCCUAACUACGAAGAGACCUACAAGUACUUCACCCGCAACGGUGCCCGUGUCCUUGCUCUCGCCUACAAGUACCUUUCCUCUGAGUCUGAACUUUCCCAGGGCCGCGUUAACAACUACGUCCGUGAGGAGAUUGAGUCCGAGCUGAUCUUCGGUGGUUUCCUCGUCCUGCAGUGCCCCCUGAAGGAUGAUGCGAUCAAGUCUGUCCGUAUGCUGAAUGAAAGCAGCCACCGUGUUGUCAUGAUUACUGGUGACAACCCGUUGACUGCAGUCCACGUUGCGCGCAAAGUUGAGAUUGUGGACCGCGAGGUUCUGAUUCUCGAUGCCCCCGAGCAUGACAACACUGGAACUCGCAUCGUCUGGCGUACCAUUGAUGACAAGCUCAACAUCGACGUUGAUCCCACUAAGCCCCUCGACCCGGAGAUUCUGAAUACCAAGGACAUCUGUAUCACUGGAUAUGCUCUAGCCAAGUUCAAGGGCCAGAAGGCUCUUCCUUCUCUGCUCCGUCACACCUGGGUUUACGCUCGUGUGUCUCCUAAGCAGAAGGAAGACAUUCUUCUCGGACUCAAGGAUGCUGGCUAUACCACCCUGAUGUGCGGUGAUGGUACCAAUGACGUUGGCGCUCUGAAGCAGGCUCAUGUUGGUGUUGCCCUUCUCAACGGAUCUCAGGAGGACCUUACCAAGAUCGCUGAGCACUACCGGAACACCAAGAUGAAGGAGCUGUACGAGAAGCAGUGCAGCAUGAUGCAACGAUUCAACCAGCCCGCUCCCCCGGUCCCCGUGCAGAUCGCCCACCUGUAUCCCCCUGGCCCCUCCAACCCUCACUAUGAGAAAGCCAUGGAGCGAGAGGCACAGCGCAUGGGUACCGCAAUCACCGCCGGCACCGAACCUAUCCCGACUAUCACAUCUCCUGGUGCACAGGCUCUGCAGCAGCAGAACCAGAACCUGAGCCCCCAGCAGCAGAGACAGCAGCAGGCCCAGGUUGCUGCUGCCGGCCUUGCCGACAAGCUUACAUCCUCCAUGAUGGAGCAGGAAUUGGAUGACAGCGAGCCCCCCACUAUCAAGCUGGGUGAUGCCUCUGUUGCUGCUCCUUUCACCAGCAAGCUGGCUAACGUUAUUGCUAUCCCGAACAUUCUCCGCCAGGGUCGUUGCACUUUGGUUGCUACAAUUCAGAUGUACAAGAUUCUUGCUUUGAACUGUUUGAUUAGUGCAUACAGUUUGAGUGUCAUUUACUUGGACGGUAUCAAGUUCGGUGACGGACAGGUCACCAUCAGUGGUAUGCUGAUGAGUGUUUGCUUCCUGUCCAUCUCCCGCGCGAAGUCCGUCGAGGGUCUCUCCAAGGAACGCCCUCAGCCCAACAUCUUCAACGUCUACAUUAUUGGCUCUGUUCUUGGACAAUUCGCCAUCCACAUUGUGACUCUGAUCUACCUGUCUAACUAUGUCUAUAAGCACGAGCCAAGAGAUAGCGAUAUCGAUCUCGAGGGCGAGUUUGAGCCGUCCCUCCUGAACAGCGCCAUCUACCUCCUCCAGCUUAUCCAGCAAAUCUCCACCUUUUCGAUCAACUAUCAAGGCCGUCCCUUCCGCGAGUCUAUUCGCGAGAACAAGGCUAUGUACUGGGGUCUCGUCGCCGCCUCCGGUGUCGCAUUCUCCUGCGCCACCGAGUUCAUCCCCGAGCUGAACGAGAAGCUGCGCCUUGUCCCCUUCACCAACGAGUUCAAGGUGACCCUGACCGUGCUGAUGAUCUUCGACUAUGGUGGCUGCUGGUUGAUUGAGAAUGUUCUCAAGCACCUGUUCAGUGACUUCCGUCCUAAGGAUAUCGCUGUUCGUCGCCCCGACCAGCUGAAACGCGAGUCGGAGCGCAAGUUGCAAGAGCAGGUUGAGGCUGAGGCUCAGAAGGAGCAGCAGCGUAAGGUUUAGAGUAGUGGUUUGACCAUUGUGUAUGUAUACAUAGAGGGGGUUUGCACGUUUCUAGAAUUGUGGUUGUGCAUGACAUUUAAUACAUGAUUUGGCUUCUCUAGUGGAGGUCUUUUGCUUUCAAUAUUCAGUCACACUUACAGAGCUUUAUCAAUGUACAAUUAAACGGGGGUCAUAC